GAGAGGAACGGAGCGGCGCUUGUAUGUGUUUUUCUUCAAUGACAGGAGUAAUCCGGCUGAGUUUGAGGGUCUAAAGGCAGGAGACACUUGCUGGAGGAGUUUCUCGGCGUACAUCGGCACCAAGCAGCAGCGGCCAUUUUCACGGACCAUGUGGUUAGCGGUGUGCAAAAACCGUCUCGUUUUGCACCAGCAGGACAGCUGCAGUGGCAGGGCUCACAAUGUGUCUCUGUGGAUAUGGAUUUUUUGUUGGUGUGUGACGCUCGUCAGGGGUCAAAGCUACCACCCCACCGUGAAUACGCAGUAUGGGAAAUUACGAGGUGCACGGGUUCCUCUGCCCAGCGAGAUCCUGGGACCAGUGGACCAGUACCUUGGCGUGCCAUACGCUGCCCCACCGGUGGGGGAGAAACGCUUCCUUCCCCCUGAGCCGCCCCUGUCUUGGUCGGGGAUCAAGAACGCCACUCAUUUCGCACCGGUGUGCCCGCAAAACAUUCACAACGCCGUUCCGGAGAUCAUGAUGCCAAUCUGGUUCACCUUUAACUUGGAUAUAGUUGCCACUUACAUUCAAGAUCAAAACGAGGAUUGUUUGUAUCUAAACAUCUAUGUUCCAACAGAGGAUGACAUACGAGAUACCGGAGCCAAGCCUGUGAUGGUGUACAUUCAUGGAGGUUCGUACAUGGAGGGCACCGGAAACAUGAUUGAUGGAAGCGUGCUGGCCAGUUACGGGAACGUCAUCGUUAUCACACUCAACUUUCGAGUCGGCGUCCUAGGGUUCCUCAGCACAGGAGACCAGGCUGCUAAGGGAAAUUAUGGGCUUUUGGAUCAGAUCCAGGCUCUACGUUGGAUAAGCGAGAACAUUGGCUAUUUCGGCGGUGAUUCCAAUCGCAUCACUGUUUUUGGAUCAGGAAUUGGUGCCUCUUGUGUGAGCCUUCUGACCCUGUCCCAUCAUUCUGAAGGACUGUUUCAUCGUGCCAUAAUCCAGAGUGGCUCAGCAUUGUCCAGCUGGGCCGUCAACUACCAGCCGGUUAAGUACACAAGGCUGCUGGCAGAGAAAGUGGGCUGUAAUGUGCUGGACACACUAGACAUGGUAGAUUGCCUGAGAAAGAAGAGUGCUCGUGAGCUGGUGGAACAAGACAUCCAGCCAGCAAGAUACCACGUCGCCUUUGGCCCAGUCAUUGACGGCGAUGUCAUUCCCGAUGACCCUGAGAUCCUGAUGGAGCAGGGCGAGUUUCUCAACUACGACAUUAUGCUGGGUGUUAACCAGGGUGAGGGGCUGCGUUUUGUAGAGAAUGUUGUGGACUCUGAAGAUGGUGUCUCGGGCAAUGAUUUCGACUUCUCGGUCUCUGACUUUGUGGACAGUCUUUAUGGUUACCCAGAGGGAAAGGAUACGCUACGAGAAACCAUUAAGUUCAUGUACACGGACUGGGCAGAUAGAGACAACCCUGAGACACGCCGUAAGACUCUGGUGGCGCUUUUUACUGAUCAUCAGUGGGUGGAGCCCUCGGUGGUGACGGCAGAUCUUCACGCCCGGUAUGGAUCGCCCACGUACUUCUACGCCUUCUACCACCACUGCCAGAGCCUGAUGAAGCCCGCUUGGUCGGAUGCGGCCCACGGAGAUGAGGUGCCCUAUGUCUUUGGCAUUCCCAUGAUUGGCCCGACCGACCUGUUCCCCUGCAACUUCUCCAAAAAUGAUGUAAUGCUCAGUGCUGUUGUCAUGACCUACUGGACAAACUUUGCCAAAACUGGAGAUCCCAACAAACCAGUGCCUCAGGAUACCAAGUUCAUUCAUACUAAAGCCAAUCGUUUCGAAGAGGUAGCCUGGUCCAAAUACAAUCCACAAGACCAGCUGUACCUGCACAUCGGCCUCAAGCCACGAGUCCGUGAUCACUACCGCGCCACUAAAGUGGCGUUCUGGAAGCACCUGGUACCUCAUCUGUACAACCUACACGAUAUGUUCCACUACACCUCCACCACCACCAAAGUGCCACCACCCGAGACGACUCAGAACUCCCUGUCCACCAAACGUCCCAACGGCAAAGCCUGGCCGUUCAACACCAAGCGGCCUCCGAUGUCUCCGGCCUACAACAGCGAGAGUGGGAAGGAGCAAUGGAAUGGAGAAGAGGAACCAGGCCCUCUGGUGGUGGAGAACCCACGGGAUUACUCCACCGAGCUGAGCGUAACCAUCGCAGUGGGAGCUUCACUGUUGUUCCUCAAUGUUCUGGCAUUUGCUGCUCUGUACUACCGCAAGGAUAAGCGCCGGCAAGAACAGCACCCGCAACCCAGCCCACCACGAGCCACCACCACCAAUGACGUGAACCGGCACGCCCCUGAAGAAGAGAUCAUGUCCCUGCAGGUGAACCAGACGCACCACGAAUGUUCAAGGUUUAACCUGGUUCACUGCUGUUCGACAUUUGGUUGUAUUAGGCCUGAAACCUAA